AAAUAGAGAUACAAGUUUCUCGCAUAUUGCGAAUGAAACCGGCAACAUAACCUGAGGCGGUCUUUUGACAGUGAAAAAUUGCAUUUCCAAAGGAACAAUAAUGUCAACGUUAAUAUUAAGAUCUCUUCUGUCAUUAAAUAAAAAUCCGAGCAAUGUUUUAACAAAGUUUAGGUAUAUAAAUACUUCAAGAGUAUGUGAACAAUCUGCUGUACCAAAGAAACCAUCGAAGGAAAUUAAAACACCGCCAAUCACGUGGAAAAACCUGCUAAUUUCCAGUGUCAUAGGUGGUGGCAUUUUGUUAUAUUUGAAUUAUUUGAGAGAUCAAAAAGAUAAGACUCUAGCAAAGGAAAGAAGACGAGAAUUGGGCAAGGCUAAGAUUGGUGGCAAAUUCGAGCUGAUAGAUACCAAUGGGAAAACGGUAAAAUCCGAUGAUUUCCUAGGACAAUGGGUGAUGAUAUACUUUGGGUUCACCCACUGUCCAGAUGUCUGUCCCGAUGAAAUCGAGAAAAUGACAAACGUAGUGAAUAAUCUUGAGAAGGAGCACAAUUUCAAAAUACAACCAAUUUUCAUAUCGGUGGAUCCGGAGAGAGAUACACCCACCGUCGUCGGGAAGUAUCUGAAAGAGUUCUCCGAUAAGAUUAUUGGCCUCACCGGCAGCAUAGAGCAAGUAGGACAAGCCUGCAAAGCGUACAGAGUCUACUAUAGCAACGGUCCUAAAGACCAAGAUGAGGACUAUAUCGUCGAUCACACUAUCAUCAUAUAUUUGGUGGACCCAGAAGGCUUGUUCGUCGAUUACUACGGACAGACGCACGACGUAGAAAAGAUUGUGACCAGCAUCAUUGUAAACAAAUUGAAGUACGAUAAUCUGAAAGAUAAUCCUUCCUGGGUACCUUCGUUCUCGAUGAAGGGACUGUUAUAAGCGCAGCGGCAUUUCCAUGUACAGUAUUAUGCAUAUACACGAAUACUAUACAUAUAUGUACAAAAAUAUAUUGUAUAUACUGUCCUUAUUUUUCAAUGCAGUAGAUAAUAGAUGAUAUAUAGAGGAAAUUGAAAGUUAGUUUUCUAUCAGAGUGAAUAAUAAAAUAUUUAUCGCACU